AUUCAUAACAAAAAAACAAAAAAGAUUCACAAACCGCUACAAUAAUGGCCCUAAUUGACAUACACUCCUCUCCUGCUUCUCUCGAUGAGAUCAAACCAUGGAAGAUCAACAUGCAUAUAGUUAGAACUUGGAAGGGAAAUGACAAAGAAUCAGGCAACUCCAUCGACAUGGUUUUACUCGAUUCAUCGGGGACAAAAAUCCACACAACUAUAGAUGAAGCUUUUACCAAAUGGAUUACGAAUAUUGGUGGCGAAAACAUCAACAAGCCAAAUGAUGGAGAAACUAAAAUCGAUAUUCAUGAAGAUUUGUUGAUAACUGAGUGCAAAGAUCCUAUUAAAACUAUAGUGGAUGAAGUUUAUGGAGAAUCUUUUACAGAGUCCUAUAAUCCUGAUUUUUACCAAGAGAGGGCUAUUUUGUGUCAUACAAAUGACGUUGCGGAUGAGAUUAAUGAUUAUAUGCUUUCACAAUUACAAGGUGAAGAGACAAAAUGUUACGGCGCUGACACCAUUUAUCCAACGCAUGCAAGCCCAAAUGACAAAAUGUUAUACCCUCUAGAAUUUUUGAAUAGCAUCAAAAUCCCGGGCUUUCCUGAUUUUAAGUUGAGAUUAAAGGUUGGUGCUCCUGUCAUGUUACUUAGGGAUCUUGCUCCUUAUGGUUGGUUACGUAAGGGGACACGACUUCAAAUUACUCGGGUUGAAACUUUUGUGCUUGAGGCUAUGAUUAUAACAGGUAAUAAUCAUGGUGAGAAAGUCUUGAUCCCUAGGAUACCCUCAGACCUUAGGGAAGCAAAAUUUCCUAUCAAAAUGCGGCGUAGGCAGUUUCCUGUGAAACUUGCAUUCGCCAUGACUAUAGAUGAAAGUCAAAGGCAAACACUUUCCAAAGUUGGUAUAUAUCUACCAAGACAAUUGUUAUUUCAUGGACAAAGGUAUGUUGCGAUAUCCAAAGUGAAGUCAAGAGCUGGUUUGAAAGUUCUUAUCACAGAUAAAGAUGGGAAACCUGAUCAAGAAGAAACCAAGAAUGUUGUGUUCAAGGAGUUGUUUACAGAACAUUUGUCAGAACCAUUAGUCAACAUGUGUUAGACUGGCAGCAAACUAAUUGCUUUUAUUUGUUUUAUGUAAUUUGAUUUUCAUGGUGUUUCUUAUGGUAUAGUACUCUGUUUUCAGACUACAAUGUUUUACAUUCUGCUCUGUACAUUGAUUAUAGUUUGUUUUUUCGUCUAGGCUAUUAUUUUUUCAAAACAGGAUAAGACUUUAGUU